AUGAACAAGGUUGUUUUUGUUCUCGCCCUGUGUGACAUGGUCUUCUGUUUGACGAGAGAAGAGCUUCUGGAACAUUUGAAAAGCAAACAAGAAACACAGAGCACAUUUGACGCACGUGUACCUCGCCUAAUUCGACCUAUUGGUUAUGUUAAUGAGGAGGAAGUUAUCACGAAGAAAGUCUUUUACUACACUUCUAUUGAUGCCAAACAAGGCUCUUGCGAGGACGAUAAAGCCGAAAUGCAACUCCAAGUAAUAGAACUUGCAUUUAACAUUCUUACUGGGCAAAACGACAAUAGGUCAGAUUCACAGCCGUUGAGGGUGGCUCCGCACCGAGAUGCCGUCGCACUUAUUCGUAAAAUGGACAAGGAACAGAACUAUAAUAGGGUGUUACAAUUCUUAGAGAAGUUCACAUAG